CACUCCUGGAGAACGAGCCCUCCCCUGCGUGUGGCUCUCCCAGGACUGUGUGAGGGAAUCUCCAAGAGGCUGCUGACGCAGCAGGGCUGUGCUGGGAGAAUGGUCUGUGCCCAGGUGGAAGCGAGCCCUGGGAAGUGCUGGCAGAAGGUGCUGUAUGAGAGGCAGCCCUUCCCAGAUAACUAUGUGGACCACCGGUUCCUGGAGGAGCUGCGGAAGAACAUCUACGCCCGCAAGUACCAGUAUUGGGCAGUGGUGUUUGAGUCCGGGGUGGUGAUCCAACAGCUGUGCAGCGUCUGCGUCUUCGUCGUCAUCUGGUGGUACAUGGACAAUGGGCUGCUGACCCCACAGUGGCUGUUUGGGGCUGGCCUGGCCUCUUCCCUGAUUGGCUACGUCCUGUUUGAUGUCAUAGACUUGGGGGUGGGGAGGAAGGAGAGCGGUCGGACCCGGUGGGCGGAUCUGAAAAGCACCCUGGUGUUCAUAGCUUUCACCUAUGGCUUCUCCCCAGUGCUGAAGACCCUGACGGAGUCGAUCAGCACGGACACCAUCUACGCCAUGUCGGUCCUCAUGCUCCUGGGGCACCUGAUCUUCUUCGACUAUGGGGCCAAUGCUGCCAUCGUCUCCAGCACGCUGUCCCUCAACAUGGCCAUCUUCGCCUCCGUGUGCCUGGCCUCCCGGCUGCCCCGCUCCCUGCACACCUUCGCCAUGGUCACCUUCGCCAUCCAGAUGUUUGCCCUGUGGCCCAUGCUGCAGAAGAAGCUCAAAGCGCGGACACCCCGCUGCUAUGUGGGAGUGACCCUGCUCUUCGCCCUGUCUGCGCUGGCUGGGCUGCUGACCGUCUCGGGUGUCGCUGCUCUUCUCUUUGCCCUUCUGCUGGUCUCCAUUUCAUGCCUGUGUCCUUACUGCCUCAUCCGGCUGCAGCUGCUCAAAGACAACAUCCAUGGGCCUUGGGAUGAAGCUGAAAUCAAGGACGACCUCUCCAGGUUCCUCAUGUAGACUCGUCCAGGACACAGCAGGCCGGCAGGACCCCUACAGUGCUACCGGAACAAAAGCCUUCUGCCUUAGAGACGACCUCCUGAGUGCCAGAAUCACAGAGAAGUGUGGGGGAGGUUGCAGUGUUAGAACAGAGCCUCUUCUCCCAGAGUGAGACAAACUGCUUGGUACAUACUAGGAACUUCCCCCCAACAAUGUAUAUGUGUAUCGCUCUCACUCAUUAAUACUAGCUGAGCUCCCAACGCGGAAGCGUGGCGAGAGCACAAGUAGACAGAGGACUGCAGGCAGAUGCCAGCAUUUUAUCCACCACGUUACCUGCUCAGAGCAGGUCUCCAUGACGUAUGUGGCACUUAAUACCAGCUAUAGGGCACGAGCGUCUUCUCCCCACUAGCGCUGCUGUUGGCUCUCCUGCUUGGGGAACUGAAUUAAUGGUAGCAAUAGUGGGGAAUGUUUUAGCCAAAGUUUGCUGGUGUAGGCGAGGCCCACUGGAAUUGCUGGGUAUUUGGAAAGCAGCUUUCGAAAUCUCUUUGGCAAGCUGGACUUUCUGGCUAUUAAAAGCAUCCAAUCCCUCAAACCUCUCUGCCUUUGUCAUUCUUCU